AUGGCGACGGCGAGUUUUGAAAACAGAUACAGAGAGGAAGAAACCCUAGAAAUCUGUAAAUGGCAGAGCAAAAUGGUUGAGGGGCAUAAGCAUCGCAUCAUAAAAAGAGUGGUCAACGAAACACUAGCCCUCCACUCUUCUUCAAAGCUCGACAAAUUCUCCAUCCAAAUUGAUUUACGCAAACUGUAUCAUCCUUCAAUUGAGUUACUUACAUUAGCUUUCACCAUCAAUGGCCGUAGCUCCACUGGUUAUUUGUUGCCUCAAUUCUUAUACUCUAAUUCCCAUAUCCGAAUUUUAACUACUACGCUUUGUGAAUUUGUGCCUCAUGGGAGAAUUUCAUGGUCAGCACUUAAAAUGUUGAGCAUACAGGAAGCAACUUUGAAUGAUGAAGUCAUUCAAAACAUUUUGAAUGGGACUCCAGUUCUUGAAGACUUGCAGUUGUACUUCUGCUGUGGAAUCAAAUUGCUCGACUUAUCUUUAAAACCUAAGUUGAAAAACUUGGUCAUAAACGUUUGUGCAUUUUAUUUUAGGGGUAGCGAUGAUAAUUUUGAGCUUAAAAUUGUCGGUCCUUUUGUUGAGACAUUGAAAAUUUCCGGGAGCUGGGUAAAUUUCAAGUGUAAGUUGAUGAGUAUGUCAUCUUUAGUUAAAGCUACCCUGAAUUUCAAAGUUAUGGAUGAUGGAGAUCAUUCCCAAGAGAGGUGUCAAAAUAUGGUCAAGGAGCUCAUUGAGAAUGUUCUUCCUGCUGAGCAACUACAACUAACCAAUUUCUGUACUCAGGCUCUCUCAACAUUGAGGAUGGAUGUUAAAGCGUCUAUCAUCAAAUUUGAAAUCUUUAGAUGUCGACUGUCGCGGUGAAGAGUACCUCUGUGGGAUUGAACGCGUUCUUCAGUGCUCACAUAGGCUGGAGAAGUUAGUUAUAUUUUUCGACUACGGUGGGUCUUAUAAGUCAAUAUUUGAUGGUUAUAGAAAGGAUUAUUGGACAAAUGUAGAGAUACCGAGUUGUUUGGAUUCCUAUUUCAAGACCAUUGAGAUAUCUGGCGUGAUAAGGGGUCGAGUUGUAAUUGAGUUUCUCCAGUUCUUGCUCAAGAAUUCAAAAAUAUUGGAGAAGGUGAUCAUAAAUCUGGUUUGGAAUUGGCUGAGAAGUGGUCAAGCUUUCCGAGGUCUUCGCAGCAAGCAGUGUUUCUAGCUCCUAAAUGUUAGUAUAAUAUGUAACAGUGUAGCAAGGAUAAUUUAUUUUUCUAUUGGAUGAAAAUUAGUAUAAUUCAUCCAAUAGUGAUAGCUAAAUAAAUUAAAAUAUUUUUUACAAACAAAGUAACCAUAGACUUAUAUUUAUUGACUAAUUCUAUUUUAUUUUGACUAA